AUGUUUCACCGUGUUAGAGCCUUUUCGUCUACUUCACGACUUUUAGUACCACUUCCAAUCCGGCGUGUAGCUGUUGAUGUUCCUGUUAUUGUUGACCAGCCUUGUAUACCUGCGACUCCCCAGUCACACUUUCAAUUGGCCUUAGAACAUAUUGGAAAACGAGCAGGUGCGUCUGCUUGUGAAGAAAUUUGGCUGGGAUCUUCGCUUCAAUUGAAAGUUUUUUUGAGGACCUAUUCAAUGGAUGUCGACUACUUUACCAUGAAGUCAAGAGUGGUGGACUAUCUGGCACUGAAUUGUGUAGAUGACAGUGAUGCAUUUAUUGGUUUUUGGGCUAAUGCCUAUUCCGCUCACAAAUUCGGUUAUAACGACGUUGAAUUCCUUUCACUUAUCUUGCCGACUUAUCGUUCUGCUACCCGAUUUUGUAACGAGCUAUUUGACAUACACAUGGAGAACCGCUUUAACAAAAAGCAUUUUCUUGCUGAAUGGAGGAGUCAAAAGUCUCGUUGGGAUAAGAAGUUGUUGUUCCCCGUUGCAAUGAGGGAUGGAAGAGUUGAGUACACAAGAGGCGGGAAGAUUAUCAAGAAGAAAUAG